CUGAAACUGAAACCAAAAAAACAGACAGGUCUUCGCUGUGUCCAGAGAAACAUCAGUGUCGCGACAGUUUUAGAAGAGCUCUUUAUUAUGGAGUUUAUCACUGACAUCACUGUCAUCAUAGAUGAAGCUCAUUACAAAGACCCUGGAAGAUUAAUGAAAAUUCUUCAAUGUUACAGUCCCGAGAAAAAAGGUUCCUGCUACAAUGUUAGAGCAACCUAUGAGGAAGUGGAGCACCUUUCAAUCAAACUGUCAGCAGUGAAGCAUCACUUCAGUCCUGCCACUCGUGGGCGAACCUGUCAGCAAGGCGAAUGUGCUUCAACUCAUAUCAAAUCUGUGGAUGUAUCUGCGGUUGUUAUGGCCUACAUUCAGCAAAAAUGUGCCAAAGAACUUAACAAAAUUCAAGGGAACAGUUUAGUUAUUGAAACACAGCCUGACCUCAGAACAGUACACAAUAACUCAAGUAGCACAGUACGGGUCACUCUAAGACCACGCCAUGUCUUCAUAUACCCUGUUCAUGCUGACUGUGUUAGACAGCGAUUCAUCACAUUCUACCAGAGAACCGCCUCCGACCUGCAGGUCACAUCUGUCCCUGUGAGUGCACAUGACCACAAACACCUGCAGAGGAGAUUUCCACAUCUCCUUUUUAAACCCAGCCACAACAAAUAUGAAGUAACAGUGACUGGGCCUUUUGUGCACAUUGCUAAAUUGAAAGAGUUUGUUUUACAAAAUACGCCAAGUUCAAGCAAGAGUCCAGUGAACAAGGGUCAAGCAGACACUCCAAGCAGCAGAACCUUGGGUCCUCAGCCUACACACAGCAAAGAGGCUGAAGAUGAAUCAUGUCCAAUCUGUAUGGAACCAAUACUAAUAACAGAGAAAGAGACACUGCGGUGCAAGCACUCUUUCUGCAGAGACUGUCUGAAAAAAGCUUUUGACUACAAGCCUGUAUGCCCAACAUGUGGAGCGUUAUAUGACACCUUGACAGGGACACAACCUGAUGGAGGCAGAAUGAAUGUCACCAAAAACUCCUCAUCUUUGCCCGGAUAUGAUAAAUUUGGAACAGUAAUCAUCCAAUAUUACAUUCCAAGUGGCAUUCAAAAGCAGGAGCAUCCUAACCCUGGUCUGCCAUAUGAAGGUGUAUCUCGUACAGCCUAUCUCCCAGACUCCUCAGAGGGCAGGAGGAUCCUGAAACUGUUGAGACGUGCCUUUGAUCAGAGACUUAUCUUCACUGUUGGUCGGUCCACCACCAGUGGCAGGAAUAAUAUGGUCACAUGGAAUGAUAUUCACCACAAAACCUCAACACAUGGAGGACCAACUCACUAUGGAUACCCAGAUCCUGAUUAUCUCAGCCGAGUUCGAGAUGAACUAAAAGUCAAGGGAAUUGAAUAAGUGACUUUAAAGUUUGCCAAGACAUUAAUGUAUUUCUAAUGUGUAGCUAAAGAACUAAGAUUAUGUAUUAAGUUAUACUAUUAUCUAUAAAAUGUUGUGUACAAACAUCUUCUCCCAUUUAAUAAUUCACACUUAAAAUUAGAUGUAAGAGAUUAUGACAGAGGAUCAAAAAGAGGUUUAAUUAAUGUAAUUUAAAUGUAAUUUAAUAUUCCAUAUAUAAUGACACCAACUCACAAUAGUCAACCAGUUUCAACUCUUUUUUAGUGUUUUUAAUAUUUUCCUUGUUUUAUCAUUCUGUAUUCCUUAUGGGCAUUCUUCUCGGAUUACUGUUUGACUUGUGUUUUAUUUACUUUUGAAAUGACCUUGUUUGAGAUAAUUAAAUAUGGAAAAAUUGAUAUAAAAAUGUAUGGUCUAUCACAUUCAUUAAAAUUGGUUGCUAUCAUCUGCUGCUCAUAUCUCUCCUCUCCUCUCUCUGGCACCCAAUUGAAAAUGACAAAGGACAACCUGUGAUCAUGACAAUUCACAAACUAUUAGUUUUUAGUGACACUGAACAUGUGACAGAUACACCUGUUGUUACAUGAGUUAUUGAGACCUUUCUGCACAUGACCUCCUUAGGCCCUCUUUGAGACCAGCUCUUCUCAGUCCAAAACAUGGACAUUGAAGUGUACUGUAGAACUUAGAAAUUAAUGACUAUGGUUUAUAUUCUCCAUGUUGAUUUAUUUGGCUCUCAGGACUAAAUCCUGUAUUGUGUAAGACAUUUUGUUUAUUCCUGUUUGUGUUUUAAUUUGUAAGACUAACAUAUUUGUACCCUGUGUUAAAUUGAAUGCAUGUCAGAAAAUCCACAUUACCUCCUGUGUGACCUAUGUAAUCUUCCCAUCUAUUUAUUACUUUCACCUAGAGAUGAUAUAGAUGCAUGACUAUGUAUGCAC